CACUUGAGUCCCAGAGCCCGCUCGCGUCCCUUUCCAGCCCACCAGGCAGGGGAGACCGGGCCCGUCGUCUGCGGUUACAUGGGACUGGACGGCGCGUCCGGCAGCGCCGCCGAGACGCAGAAGCUGAAUUUCGAAGAGCAGCCGGACUCCAGGGAAUUCGGUUGCGCCAAGACCCUGUACAUCUCGGACGCAGACAAGAGGAAGCACUUCCGGCUGGUGCUGCGGCUAGUGCUCCGAGGGGGGCGGGAGCUGGGCACUUUCCACAGCCGCCUUAUCAAGGUCAUCUCCAAGCCCUCGCAGAAGAAGCAGUCGCUGAAAAACACCGACCUGUGCAUAUCCUCGGGCUCAAAGGUCUCCCUCUUCAACCGCCUGCGCUCCCAGACGGUCUCCACGCGCUACCUCUCUGUGGAGGAUGGGGACUUCGUGGCCAGUGCACGCCAGUGGGCUGCCUUCACUCUCCACCUGGCUGAUGAACACUGUUCCCAGGGAGACUUCCCGCCUCGAGAGGGCUACGUCCACUACGGCUCCCUGGUGCAGCUGAUCUGCACGAUCACGGGCAUCACACUACCUCCGAUGAUCAUCCGCAAAGUAGCUAAACAGUGUGCACUCCUCGACGUGGAUGAGCCCAUCUCCCAGCUGCACAAGUGUGCAUUCCAGUUUCCAGGUGGUCCUCCAGGAGGGGGUGGCACCUACUUAUGUCUCGCCACAGAGAAGGUGGUGCAGUUUCAGGCCUCCCCCUGCCCCAAGGAGGCGAACAAGGCGCUGCUCAACGACAGCUCUUGCUGGACCAUCAUCGGCACCGAGUCAGUGGAAUUCUCCUUCAGCACCAGCCUGGCGUGUACCCGGGAGCCUGUCACUCCGGUGCCCCUCAUCAGCACCCUCGAGCUGAGUGGCGGGGGCGAUGUGGCAACCCUGGAGCUCCACGGUGAAAACCUCCACGCGGGGCUCAAGGUUUGGUUCGGGGAAGUGGAGGCCGAAACCAUGUACAGGAGCCCGCGGUCCCUAGUGUGCGUGGUACCAGACGUAGCCGCCUUCGGCAGCGACUGGCGCUGGCUGCGCACACCCAUCACGGUGCCCGUGAGCCUCGUGCGCGCCGACGGCCUCUUCUACCCCAGCGCCUUCUCCUUCACCUACACCCCCGAGUACAGCGUGCGGUCCGGGCCCCCGGGCGCCUCCGCGCCCGCCGCUGACGCCGAUGCGCUCCUGGAGAGCAUCCAUCACGAGUUUACACGCACCAACUUCCACCUCUUCAUCCAGACGUAGUAGGCGCGGCCUGGACGCUGGGCCUGACCCCCGGCCGGUUUUCUGGGUCCUGGGCCCUGCCCUCUGCCCUGUGCUGCGGAAGUGAAGGCUGCAGCCCGAGCAGCAGAAGCCUCUUGCCUAGAAACCCGGCCCUGUGGGUCUAACACGGGUCACUCGCUCGUCCUUUUCCAGCUAGGAAGACACGACCUGAGUGACGCUCCCUUUGUGUCCAGUCAGGAGUGUGGCUUUCCCUGUCUUUGUUUCUGGUUCACUCUCUAAAUCAAUCACACACUCUCUCUCCCUCAGUAACUUUGUAAAUCUCUCUUAGUUGUGCAUCCCUAGCCCUCCAUCUUUGUCCUUCUCCAUCUCUCUAUGUGUCUUGCAUACAGUUUCACACACUCUGAAGAGUGUGUGAAAUUCCAAGCCUAGAGCAUUUCCCCUCCUGGCAGCUGUGUCUCCCCUAGAAGAGGAAAUCCAUAGUUUCACACAUCCGGGCAAGGGGCAAUGGGCUCCUGAGGCAUGGCCUGCUUGCCCUGAUGCACCAGGUCUUAAUGUGGAACCCUGGAUCCCACUCAUAGCACUGAGUCCCUUCUGGAGCACGAGGGCCCUGCCCUGGAGUACUGGGUUUCACCCUGCAAUACAAAGCCCUAACCCUCCAUAUUCUUCCUAUGGCUGGAGCCGGGCACAGCACCCAUGCGGGCUGUUUGGUCUCUGGUCCACAACUUUGGUGGCUGGUUAGGUCCCUGGUGUGGUGGUCAGGUCUUGCCAUCUUAACUGUCUACCCAGGCAUUUCUCUCACAGGCCCAGUAAAAUGCAGUCCUGAGGGUCAGAGAUUGCUCUGCUGUGCCAGCAUCAACUCCUAUCCAAGGCAGAGUCUGAUCUGUAUGACCCACCUCCACACAGAGGGAGGUGCCCCAGUGUACUUCGCCCCCCAUACACACAGAGGAAAGGACCACACGUGCGAUGGAGCAGAUAGAUUUGUGACGCUUUCUGGAGGAGGAAUGGGGAUUCAGAAGCAGCCAGCAUCCCUGAGUCCCUGUCCCUGCCCUGGGGACCACCUUUUGCCUCUGGGGAUAAGUUACCCUACUAACUAUCCCUCCACCUCAAGCAAAGUUGCACCCCAGGCCCAGGGGCAACCACAGGACACAGAACAAAACUUUCCGAGGACCACUCCAGGCAGAACUCCCGGGAUCGACUGGGCGAUAAGCCAGCCAAGAAAGUAGCUUCUUUGCUUGGAGCCCAGGGACUGAAUCAAAAUUCAUCCCUGCCCAGCCUUCCCACCCUCUGCCAAGUCCACUCUCUACAGGGAGGGUCCUGGCUCGGGCUUUUGGAACAAUGAGGCAGAUCUCAGAGGUGCCAGCUACUUGUACCAGCCCCUGGGGGUGCUGAAUGGGGAGAACUGGUCUGAAAUGUGGGUUGAGAGCUCUCACCCUUCUGGGUCUUCCUUUGAGCUCUAAGUUCAUUUCCUGUGACACUCUUCCCCGAGAACAUGGAAACCCCCGUGAAAAAGGAGAAGCUGAUAUUUCCCAGGGGGGCGAAAUGGGCUUUUGCUCUUAGGCUCCCCAAAGUCUUGGCUAAGUUCUGUCCUCUGUCAUCAGCAAGCUGAAACCCAUGAUGAUGGGAAAAGAGAAGCUUGUUCAAAGCCUGUCAUGGCCCCUGAGAGUGGAUCCUGGCUGAGGAACGCAAAGAGCAAAUUGAUAGGAAAUGUCCUCGAUGUGAGUGCCUGCCCUAGGAGAGUUUGAGCUCACUGCCCCGUGAUGAUGUUGAAGCAGGAAGCCACUUGUAAAGAGGCUAAGAGGAGUUUCAUAGCACAUCACACGGGGAGUUAGGGCUCAAGGGCCUUUCCAGCCCUGCCCUCAAGAACUUCCUCUACCACUCCACAAGGCAGAAGUCCCAGAAGCCAAGGACCUAGUUGGCCUGAAAGCCCAGGCCCAGCCAUGCAGCUCUGUCUUUUUUUGCACUCCCCUUAGGGCACCCCAGGACCCUUGGUUCCACCUACGCACCCAUCUGAAAGUCUGUGGCCUCAGAGCUCCAA